AUGUAUGUUUCUCACCUGCUAGCAAGCGGCCUGUUGGCCUCUGCCCUGCCUCGUGUUCUCGGUCAUGCAAUCAACAAAUCUGCAAAGCUCCGUACAGUAGUGACCACGGACAUGGAGUCUGACGACCUGGCCUCGCUGGUACGAUACAUGCUGUAUGCCAACGACCUCGAAAACCAGGGCCUCGUCUACACGUCCAGCAAAUACCAUUGGGAGGGCGAUGGAAAAGGCACAGAAUUCUUCCUGCCAAAUCGCGAGUACAACACUUCGCAGACUUCGUGGCGCCCAACCGGUACCACAACCAUUGAGAAUCAUCUGCUCGAGGCGUACGCAGAAGUGUAUCCCAACCUUCGCAAGCACGACUCUGCGUACCCAACGCCAGAGCACCUCCUCUCCAUAACCAAGAUCGGUAACGUCGACUUCGACGGCGAGAUGGCCAAAGACACCGAAGGCUCAGACCUCAUCAGAUCCCUCAUCCUGGACAACGACCCACGCAUCCUCUAUCUCCAAGCAUGGGGUGGCACCAACACGAUCGCGCGCGCUCUGAAAUCCAUCUCAGACACACACUCGUCCUCGCCAGACUGGAACACAACGAAAGCUUCCAUCUCCCGCAAGACCGUCAUCCUCGCCAGCGGCUUCCAAGACAAUACGUACGUCGAGUACAUUGCCCCCAACUGGCCGGCGCUGCGUGUCGAAGAGCUCUCCAAGGCAUACGACACAUGGGGAUUCAACUGCAACAACACAGGCGCCGGCAACGUGCGCGGCCUGCCAGACAGCAACCAAUACUUCCAAGGCGCGUGGGUCAAAGCGCACAUCCAGAAGGGGCCGAUGGGCAGUCUCUACCGCUCGUGGCUUGACGGACAGACGACGUUUGGCGGAGGCGACCAGCUCGACGUCUUCGGCAACCCCGCCAAGGCUCCCGAGGGGUGGUGCAAGCCCAUGACGAAGUACGACUUCCUAUCCGAAGGCGACAACGUCGUCUUCAACCCGCUUCUCCCCACAGGCCUGCAGGAUCCCGAGAACGCCAGCCUGGGCAGUUGGGGCGGGCGCCGCAAGCAGAACAGCACGAGACCGAACCUGUGGGUCCUGCGCGACAAGGAGAGGUCUGCGAAUGGCUCUGAUGUGCAGGGAUGGACGACGCUCCGCUGGGUGGCAGCAGCGCAGAACGACUUUGCGGCGCGCAUGCAGUGGACGCUCACGCCGGACUACAAGGCGGCAAACCACGCGCCCCGUGUCCGAGUGAUGGGGAGCAAGACCAUCAAAGCGCGGGCCGGUGCUAGCGUCCAGCUCUCGGCGCAGGUCAGCGAUCCGGAUGCCGACGAGGUUACCGUCACGUACUGGCAGUAUCGCGAGGAAGGCACGUACCCGGGGACUGUGAGCAUUAUCCAGGACGGGUGUAGCGCGGCUGUGCAUAUCCCUGCCGAUGCGGAGAAGGGCCAGACGGUGUCGAUUAUCGUGCAGGGCACGGACGAUGGAGCGUUUCCGUUGACGCGAUAUGACCGUGUGAUUGUUAAGGUUAGGUGA